UGUCGGACCUCCUGGUGGCCGUGCUGGUGAUGCCGUGGAAGGCAGUGGCCGAAGUGGCCGGUUUCUGGCCGUUCGGGGGCUUCUGUAAAACCUGGCUGGCCUGCGACAUCAUGUGUUCAACGGCCUCCAUCCUAAACCUGUGCGUCAUUAGUGUGGACCGAUACUGGGCCAUCUCCAACCCGUUUCGCUAUGAGAGGAGUAUGAAUAGGAGGGUUGCAUCCGUCAUCAUCGGUGUGACCUGGACAGUGUCUGUGGUCAUCUCCUUCGUUCCUGUGCAGCUAAACUGGCACCGGGCGGAGAUCGGUGACCCAACCGGGGAGAAUCCGGCGCACUACGGUAGUAGUAUUGACAGCUGUGACUCAAGCCUCAGCCGCACAUAUGCCAUCUCCUCCUCCCUCAUCAGCUUCUACAUCCCGGUCGCGAUCAUGAUUGUGACAUACACACGCAUCUACCGGAUAGCCCAAAUGCAGAUACGCAUGAUAUCCUCCUUGGAGCGGGCUGCUGAGCACGCGCAGAGUUGCCGCUCGGACCCCUCUAAUCAGUCACACUGCGAGCUCAAAGUCUCCAUCAGAAAAGAGACAAAAGUGCUCAAAACUCUGAGCAUCAUAAUGGGCGUGUUCGUCUGCUGCUGGCUGCCUUUCUUUAUCCUCAACUGCGCUCUGCCUUUCUGUCCCGGACCAGCUGCUCCGGCGGCCCAACGCGGCCCUUACUGCGUUAGCGAAAAAACUUUUGAUGUCUUUGUGUGGAUCGGCUGGAGCAAUUCGUCUCUAAACCCGGUCAUAUAUGCGUUCAACGCGGACUUCAGAGACGCUUUCCUGCGCCUGUUGCGCUGCCGGGGACGCGGCUUUUUGGCCGCGGUGAGUGCCGCGGUGGAGACGGUAAUGGCGAGUAACCAGGCGGGAAACUCCAAGCGAGAAAGCCCGACGAAGGUGAGGCUGGACGUCUCCUGCGCGACAAACACGAGGGGAAGUGAGGACAGCGGGAACACUACGGUGACUGUGUUUUAUCACAGAGGGACGAGGUCAGAACAAGUGACGGACACUGAGGACAGGAGCGACAGAGACAAGCUGACGCACAUUCCCAUCUGAGAGGGAUCAUUUCAGGGGUCGAGGGGUAAGGCAAACACAAGGAGAACAGACUAAACCCCGGAUGUAGAGGGACAGGAAAAGUGAAGCACUGAAUUUUUCCCACCAGGGAGAUCUCGAGGACCCACAAAAUAACCCACCUUACUGCUACACUGCAUCUGGAUGUCUUCUAAAGUCUUUUUCCCAUCCUGGGAUUAGGGAGUGUGUUUGGAUAACUGUGGGUGGUGCAGCUGUUUCUACCUGUGUGUAGACAUAAGCUUUAUCUUUGCUGAUCAGUGCCCAACAAAAUCUUUAGGUUAAAAUAUUCUGAAGCAAAAUUUGAAGGGGGGCUUUUGAAUAGUUUAUAAAAAUAGCAGGUUGAGUUAGGUGGAGAAGAAAAAGGGAGAAAAUAUGACCUUUUUAUGAAGAAAAUAUAUAUAGUUGUACUUUGGAAGUAAAGGGGACACCCGUAGGUGAAUACAUGCUUGAAUCAGGCAGAGGGAGGUGCAUCCUUCUCACCCUCACCUCCAGCUUUCAGAUCGGAGUAGAUGUUUUACAUGGAUGGGUGGAUUAACAGAAAAAUUUACUCAGUAGGACAAGGGUUUUGCAGAGUGGCCAUUCAAAAGGCAAUUAGCUGGCUUUCCUCUCUCUCUUCCCCCAGUGUGGAGAGAGAUUUACCAGAGGUCAGGAUUUUUGUGACUCUCUAGAAAUGGGAUUAUGUAAGUAACUCACAUUAGCACCCGUCAGCUGUGCAUCUUGGUGGAUGCACGGUGCACUCUGUUACCCCCGCACACCCCCACCUAACCCAGCCACCCCUCCCUCUUUCCCCUGAAAGAAACAAUCAUGAAUUAUUUGUAGUGGUUGUUCCUGUGAAAGAUGUCCUGACCAGCAAGAACACAGAAGCUUUUAUGGUGACAACUCAUGAAAACACAAGAUGUGAUUCUUUGCAGUAAGGCUGAUGCAGAAAUGGCCACCACAAGAGCAGAGGCACGCAGUCUCGUCUGCUCUGGAUGAACUUUCUGCAUAUUUUUAUCUGUUCAUUUUAAUUUCACAGGACCUUGUUGGUGUUAAAUAUGAACGCGUCUGUUGUGACCUGAAAGAGCCACCAAGCCUUAAUGGAACCAACAAGAAAUAUGUUUUUCAACUGCAGUUUGUUUCUAAAACCACACACACAUAAGCCUGUAAACCAGAAUUUGCUGUUUUCCCACUUUUAUUUGUGUUUUGAGGCCUAAACAAAAAAAUAAAGGUGACUUUCUGUAUUACUCAUUUCCAGUCUAU